GGGGUGAGUCAGUGGGGUGAGCAAUGAGGGAGAACCCGGUGCCGGGGUCCGGGGAGGGGGAGAAGGAGCAGGAGCGGCUGAAGGGCGAGGAUGGGCAGCAGCAGCCGGCGUUGCCGCUGUCCGGGCAGGGGGUGGAGGCCGGGGACGGGGACGGAGCGCUGCCCCCUGAGGGAGGCUGGGGCUGGGUGGUCAUGUUCGCCUCCAUGUGGUGUAACGGCUCCGUGUUCGGCAUCCAGAACGCCUUCGGGCUCAUCUACCUCUCGCUGCUGCGGGACUUCGGCGACGAGAAGGACGAGCACCGCCAGUUCAAGACGGCAUGGGUGGGCUCGGUGUCGAUGGGAAUGAUCUUCCUGUGCUCCCCCAUUGUCAGCGUGUUCACCGACCUGUACGGCUGCAGGAAGACGGCCGUGGCUGGGGCAGCGGUUGCGUUGGUCGGCAUCCUGGCCAGCUCCUUCGUCACGUCGCUGGGGCCCAUGUACUUCACCUACGGCGUGGUGUUUGGCUGCGGCUCGUCCUUUGCCUACCAGCCCUCGCUGGUCAUCCUGGGCCACUACUUCAAGCAGCGGCUGGGGCUGGUGAACGGGAUCGUGACGGCAGGCAGCAGCGUGUUCACCAUCGUGCUCCCGCUGCUGCUCAAGCAGCUGCUGCCCAAGAUCGGCCUGAGCCACACGCUGAGGGUGCUGUCCAUCUUCAUGUUCGUGCUGCUGCUGGCCAGCUUCACCUACCGGCCCCUGGCCGCGCCCGGCGGGGGCGGCAACACCAGCUCCGCCAAGCGCAAGCUCAACUUCAGGAAGCUCUUCAACGUGAAGAUAUGGAGGUUCCUCGGCUACCGCAUCUGGGCCUUCGGCAUUCCCACUGCCCUCUUCGGAUACUUUGUGCCUUACGUUCACCUU